CCUAUUACUCGUUUUGGGCGCAUAUUGGGUGGUGAAAUAGCGCGCGUUCCAAGAGCUCGUCGCGCCGACACAGCUAGAUGGCAUGAGGUACGACUUCAUGGAGGUGCUUGGUGGGUUCGACUUCAAGGAACUGUUGAGGUUCGAGAAGCCCCACUUCCGUCGGCUUUUGGCGGCGCUGGAGCUUCCACCCGAGUUCGUGAUUUCGAGGGGGGGGAGAGGAGUGCUAAGAAUUCCGGCACGUCUGUGUUUGGCAGUCACUCUGUGGAGAUUUUCUGCGCCGACGACGUUGCUACGCGAUCGCCUGUUCUGGGGCAUGGGGGAGACACUCGUAUGCGAGGUGUUCAAUGUCACCAUUGAGGCAAUAUACGAUCGAUGGGGACACCUUGUGCGGGAUUUGCAGGUCGAUGCUAUUCUUCCUAAGAUAGGCGACUUCUGUGAAGCAAUAUCUAGCCGCGGCUCGCCCCUUCCACGCUGUUGGGGCUUCCUCGAUGGCACAAUUCGAAAAAUCUGCCGUCCUGGUCGUUGGCAACGUAUGUACUAUAAUGGAUGGAAACGUCCCCAUGCCCUCAAGUAUCAGGCAGUAGAUUCUCCGGACGGUAUCAUUCGCCAGCUUUGGGGUCCUGCCCUCGGUCGCCGCCACGAUGUAGCGCUACUAGGGGAGAGCGACCUGCUUGCUGUGUUGAUGCAAUCGUUCAAUGAUGCGCAGGGAGAGCCGUACUACCUGUACGGUGAUCCGGCGUACCAGAACUCGCCGUGGUUGAUGUCGCCAUAUCGGGGUUUGUUGACCCCUGAGGAAGCUGGCUUCAAUUCCGCCAUGAGCAGUGUUAGGGUUACGGUGGAAUGGGGGUUCGGUCGAGUCGUCGCCCAGUGGCCCUACGUAGACUACCACAACAAGCAGCAGGUCGGUCUAAGCGCGUGUGGCCUCGGCAAGCAGUAUUCUGUCGCCGGCAUUCUCACCAAUUGCCAUUGCUGCUUCUACCCAAAUUCGACGGCACAGUACUUUGACCUCCAACCCCCGUCCCUCGAGGAAUACCUACAGGGAGAGGGCUAAGUAGGACGUACUUGAAAUAGG